GAAGAGUCAUGUUCAAGUCCAUCGGAACUGCUCAGUUUCUUAACCAAAGGCUCUUUGUGUCGAACGGUCGGCUCUACCGAUAUGAACUCUGUCUCGUCACGAUCGCAUGCUAUAUUUUCAGUCAUUUUGAAACAACAAGUGCCUGAAGAAGAGAAUGAAAAUAGUCGAAAAACAAUCGUCAGUAAAUUCCAUUUUGUCGAUUUGGCCGGUUCCGAACGGUUAAAUCGAACCAAAGCGGAAGGCGUCCGUGCACGCGAAGGCAUAGCCAUCAAUUCGGGUUUACUAGCUCUUGGCAACGUUAUCAGCGCUUUGGGCGAUGAAUCGCGUCGAUCGACACAUGUGCCCUAUCGCGACUCAAAAUUGACACGUUUGCUUCAAGACUCACUAGGUGGCAAUUCACAAACGCUCAUGAUGGCCUGCGUCUCUCCAGCUGAUACCAACUUUGUCGAAACCUUGAGUACUUUGAAAUACGCCAACCGCGCACGCAACAUUAAAAACCGUGUCUCUGUCAAUCAAGAGUUUGCUGGCUCAUCGGUUGAAGUCAGUCAGUUACGAUCACAGAUUGCCAAGCUCAAAAUGGAACUCAACACAUUACGUGCAUCUGCUGGUACUGGCGGUGUUUCCUCAGGUGCCAUGAUGCCACCUGGGUUCGGCGGUGGUGUUAGCAACAUCAACAACGGCCAACACACUGCUGAAGUCAAUGCUUUACGUCAAGAAAUCAAUCGUUUGCGUGCCCGUGUUCAAGAAGCUUCAGAUGAGCUAUGCCAGGUUUCCGCUGAACGCGACAGUCUAGUAUUAGAGCGUCAGCUGAGUCAUUUGUCUUCGGAGGAUAUGCCAGGCUUGCUCGAGCAGCUGAAUGGCAAUUUCAAUACCGAUAACAGCGAUAAUGACGGCGCUGAUCAUGGUGACAACAACAAAAACAACGACGAGAACAGCAGUAGUAACAAUGCUAAAUCGACGACGACCAUUCCCAUGAUCGCCCAUUACCAGAAAACAAUCAAGGAUCUCCGCAACGAACUUCAGGACACACGUGAACGCUUGGCUUUCGUUGAAAAUACACAAGCACCCAUGAUGCAUGCCUUAGCCAUGACAUCGCACAUGACUCCCACCCCUUCACUGAGUACAAGUGCACGGUCGUCAUCGCGUCGCCGUAAUGGUGGCGGUAAUAGCUCUUCAAGUCGUCGAAAACGCGGACAUUUCACAAAUGGCAAAACUGUCGGCAAUAAUGUUACUUUCCGCUCAUCACGCGCUUCCAAGACACCAGCAACCAAAGCUCGUCGUGCAGCUGCAGCUGCUGCUGCUGUCGCCGCCGCCGCGACAACACCGUCGAACGGUGGAAAAGAUGCAACAACAGCUCCUCCAGCUCCGAUUCCUGUCGCUGCUACCGAUAACCAAGACAUUGAACAGUGGUUGCAAGAAACGAUCGGCCCGUUUAAUUUCAGUGGUACCUCGGAAAUCCGUACAGAAGUUCGUGAUUCAAUCAGUAAAGCCCGUAUGGAAAUCGAGAAGGGCAUGAAAGUACUUGAAGAUGUUCGAACAAAAGAACAGGAAGAGCAACAGCAACAGCAGCAGCAACAAGCACAGCAGCAGCAGCAUGAGUGUGAGCUGAUGGCUGAUGACGAGUUGUUGCGAACACUCCAGUCCAAAGAGAAUGAAUUUAUCUUUGCCGAUCUCGAGCAUGAAGAGCUCUUGGAUGACAUCCAACGUGUUUCUCCGCCCGCAUAUUGGGAUAGCUUAUCAGAAGGUGAUGGAGAAAACGCUUCCAAGGCUGCAACUGCAGCAGCAGCAGCAGCAGCAACAACAACAGCAUCAGCAGAUGACUAUAGCAGCAGCGCUGGUGGCCACUCUCGACUGUCAUCCGGCGCAGAUACGGGCUUGACCGACGACACUGAACUUGCCGCCAUGUGUGAUGCCAACCCACACUUUGCACGGAUUAUUUCCCAAGUCCAAUCCGAUAUUCACGUCAAAGAAGAGCUUGUCACGCAGCUGGAGCGAUGCGAGAGCGAAUAUGUGCACAUGCGGCGCAAAUUUGAGCAGAAACUUGGCAAGCUGGGCCACGAAAUCCUUUCCAUUAAACGUGAGCGUGAUGACGUGAUGCGCCGUGCAGCGUUCAAUGAACAACAACAGCAGCGUCAGCGACUUGCACGCCGUGGCAGCGACGCUGUGAGCCAACGUGAAAAGCAGCAACUGGUGGAGAUGCGCCAUGCUUACGAGAUCAAAAUCAAGACCUUGUUCACUCAACUAGCGGACUUACGCCGCAAAUACUCGCAACGCUCGAGUGCCAUUCAGUCGUCGCGUAACCAGAAUGAAAGCAUGUUGCGUGCCUUGCGCGUCAAUGUCGAAAGUCUCAAGAUGGAGCGCCGUCGAAUGAUCAAGCGUAUGAAAGAAGAAGCCAUGCGUGUGAAAGAGAAAAUGACGGCCCACGAGCGCGAAAUCCAGCAAUUGAAACGACGCCAACAGCGUGAUGCUGAGGCUAAGCGUCGUUUGGAGCGUGAGAACAAAAAAGUACAAAUCAUGCUCCAGAAACGUGCCGACGAAGCUGUCUUGACCAAUGACAAGUUGAUGAAGCUGAUCCAGAUCCUGAAAAAGGCUGUUCGUGAAGGUGGUGUGCUUGACGAAAAGCAGUUGGCCAGAUGUGCCGACUUGUUGCAUAUUGGUACGGCAUUGGUGGCCUCGUCCAGCGUCCGGCUACGACAAGGUCGAGCAAAUAACAGCUCAUCCUCCUCUUCCGCUAAAAAGUCAGCUGCCAGAGCUGCUGCAGCGGCUGCACAUAUUCCCGUCCAAGUGCGUGCAGCAAAAAAGAAGCACCUAUUGGACCGUGCAUUGUACCAAUACAUUGUUGGCAAGCAGGCGAUGCUUGAAAUGCAGCAACUGAUUACCAAACGCGGUGAGCUGUCCGAAAAGAAAAAAGAGCUUGUCAGCGAACGCGAACACUUGUUUGGCAAGCCCGGAUCGACCCAGAUGGUGCAAUUUGAUCAUGCCGUGCAAAAUUACAUGGACGACCGUAUUGAAACCAUGACGGCCGAGGUUUCUUACAUCAAUGCUCGGAUCCAUGCCUUGCAUAAUGAUGCCGCCUAUGCCAUUUUGCAAGACGAUAACGACGAUGAUGCAUCGGUAAUUGAUAUUGACAAGCAGCAACAGCGAUCGGUGAAACAUGUCACGUUCGCAGACGAAGUCAUGGGCACAAGCAAUGUCGAUCCUGAAGAUGAGUGGCUCGAUAUGGAUGCCUUGGAGGAACGUUACAGUCUACCAGCCAACGCAGAUCCAGAAACAUCGCAUGAUAUGGCAUUAAAAGUGAUCCGAUCCUUGGCGCACGACGAGGCCGAAAAGGUGAUGGAGGCCAUGCUCAACGACGUGACCACGUUGCGUAUGGACGAGCAUACCCGACAAGCACACGUGCAACAGCUCGAGAGAAGUAUCCAAGAUUUGCAACACACCUUGAUGGUUAUGAAAGACAAGGCAAUCCAGACGGCGAUUGAAAGCGAAAAGAAGAUCAGGCGAUUAGAACAAGGUUCACGCCGGUCAUCUUUCUGUGGUGGCGCGACUACUGCUACUAGCUGUAGCGUCAACAAUGGCGAGGAAUCAUCCUCAGUAUUAGGCGAUGACGAUUCUGCGAUUGAUGUGCGAGUCGAGGAACACUACCAGCAAUUUGGCACGAUUUUCGACCAGAUCUAUAACGAAGGCGUUGGUAACCUUGGGUCAUCGACUUCCCCUGUUUAUAACCUGAGUCGUGCCCAAUCACCCGUCGGGUCGCCCGCUUCAGGUCCAAGCCCGACCCUGCGUCCAAUGCGUCCACAGUCCCUGGUUGAUCGUCCUCCUGUCGGUGCUCGCCGCGACUCGAUGUCUUCGCCCGAACAGUUUUUGCACCAACUGAUGCAAGCUGGACUGAUGUCUUCGGCGAACAACAACAAGGGUAACAAUGUGUCGCCACCCGCCCCUGUACCUUCGACAGCCAUCCAGCCUGUACCAAUAACAGCAGCAGUAGCAGCUCCGUCGCCACCAUCAUUGUCGCCUCGAACACUUCGACCUGCAGAAACGUCUCGGCGCUCAUCGGUUCAGUCGGAUACCAUGUCAUGGUCUUCCCACGGCUCCAACACGUCGCCGAAAAUCGUACCUCAACAUGUCGCCGAAACGCCUUUGCUUAGUCGUCGACGCCGCCGCGCAUUUUCGUUGCAGCAACAGCAGCAGUAUAACCAGCACCAACAACCCAACACCACACCGUCCAUGAGCAACAAUGCUGCUGCUAUUGCCGCAAUAAAGUCGCGACGUCGAUUCUCGCUUAGAGAACUGAGCUUAAUAGGCAACAACAGCAGCAACAACGGCUACGAUAGUGUUCUGGCACAUCAUAUUGCUCAUCAACCCUCUCCAUUACAACAGCAGUUUGUUAUCCCUGACCGUCACAACCAACAACAACAACAAGACGAUGACAACAACAGUCGUGGUUCUUACUCAUCAUUCUCACCACCCCAUUCACCAUCGAUCAUUCCGGUGGCGGCGGUUUCAAGAAGCAAGCAGCAGAUUUCGCCACGAUUGAACCCGCAAUAUACCCGCCCUCCAUCGUCUGCAGGCGGGAAUGUAUUUGAUCGUUUAUCCAGUGUGCAUACAAAGGCAUCCGAAGCCAAACGUGCAGCAACACCUGUCAUGUUUUAAUUAUUAUCCAUUCGUUAUUUUAUAACAACAAAAAAGAGAUUUUUUUUUCCUUUUGUACAAUAUUCGCUCUUCUAUAUACCAUCACCAUCAUCAUCUCUAUCGCUGUAUUUUAUUGUCUACCCCCUAGUAUCGUUAUAUAAAGGUGGUUUUCUGUCAUUGAAG